AUGAGCAAUUUAUUCUGGCCAGAAUCACGUGUAUUAGCUGCUGCCUUACCAUCUUUAGAAAAAAUUGCUGAUCUUAUAAAUAAAAAUAUGGACUCGAGAAACGAAACCACGAAAUUCGAACCUCUUUUAACCACCACCUCAUUAAUGACAGAACUAGAACAAACCUCUUUACUUGAAGAAAGUGAAACCUAUCGAUCUUCAAUAUCUGGUUCAAGUGGCCAAGAAAUACUACUGAAUUUACUAUCUAACUCUUUAGACACAACAUCUCACCGUGAAAUUAUUGACAAUGAGUGGUCAAAGGAUUACUUGAACCGGCUGGCAUCUCUCUCGCUCGAAUCGCUAAAACACGAACCAUCAUUGAUAAAAGAAGAAGAAUCAAAAAUUCAAUCAGAGCUGGCGGAACUUUCAUUUCGUGAAUACAAGUCAUUUAUUCAGACAAGUGAAUGUAAAUCAAAUAUCCAGAAUUCUCUUGAAAAUUGCAAAACACAUGUAUCAAAGUUAUCCAGUACGAUCCUGAUUUUCGAAGAGAAUUGUGUGUCUUUUAUCGCAGAAACAGAAAAGAUCACAAAACAGCGAACAAAAAUAAACACAAUAAUAGAACAGCAUGGAAAUCUUCUGGAUAUUCUGGAAAUACCGCAACUGAUGGACAUUUGUGUACGAAAAGAACUCUAUUCUGAAGCGAUAGAUUUGUCGGCACAUGUAACGCGUCUAGCAGCACGAUAUCCGAAAAUCCUGAUAAUACAGAGAAUUGAGAAUGAUGUUAAAGACACAAUGCAAUUGAUGUUGUCAAGGCUGAUUGCACUAUUAAGCGAGCCAAUAAAAUUACCCAGUUGUUUGAAAGUUAUUGGGUAUUUACGAAGAAUGGAGGUGUUUGACGAGGCGGAAUUGAGACUUGUAUUCUUGUCAACUUUAAGUGCUAAUGCAGUACUUUCUGAUUACACUGCUCACAUUCUUGGACAUUUGACCGGCACUUUAGCAGAGUUUAUACCUUUGAUUUCGGAUACUUCUUCUCUUUCCUCAAUACUAACUCAGUUGAUGUAUUGUGGGAUGUCGCUUGGACGAGUUGGUGUGGAUUUUCGACAUUUGGUGACUGAAUACUUUGAAGUAGCAGUGUUAAGAAUAAUCAGAACAAUGAUCUCGGAAGCAACAAAAAAUUUCAUAGAUCAAUUUGAAGAUGCUAUGAGAAAAGGAGAUUAUGCAAGCUCAUGGAUGAUUGAUGAAAAUAAAACAUCUUUGCCAAGUUACAUGGAUUCAAUUCCUUUGCGUACAGUGACCUCAUUUACCACAUCGUCGGCACCCUCUCCUGCCUCCUCUUUUACCCCAUUAGUUAUCCUAAUGGACUAUCCGCCGAUAGGACAUUUAACUAAUGGAUACCUUAGUGCGUUCAAUUCACUUCGCUUACUGGCCCCCGUAUCAUUAUAUCAUUCACUUGGCUCUCACCUUUCCACCAGUCUUGUGUCAAUAGCAGAUACAUUACGUCGAUACGGUGAUAAGCUUAUUGAAGAUCAACAUAACACCGUGAUUAUGCAAGUUUUUUGUGCCACCUUUGCAAAGAUUUUCGUGCCAUAUAUUACAAGAUGCUAUGUGGAUGGGGUGUACGGUGGUUUGAUGAUGCAAGUAAACGGAGAUGAUAAUGAGAGCUUAGUCGAAGAUUCUAACGGGAUGAAUGCUUUCUCUAUCGUUGAUCAGGCUGAAAUUUUGGAUACUCUUAAAGACUUUUUGUCUAUUGAGCAAAAGCGAUGA